GAAUAAAGAAGAAUGGAGGGGGGAAAUUGUUCCUCCUUGAAUGAAUUCCUUCUCUUGGGAAUUAGCAAUAACCCUGGAAUCAAAGUGACCCUCUUUACCACAUUUCUAAUUGUUUAUCUUAUUAUUCUUGUGGCAAACCUUGGGAUGAUCAUCUUAAUUAGAAUGGAUUCCCAGCUGCACAUGCCAAUGUAUUUUUUCCUGAGUCAUCUUUCCUUCAGUGACCUCUGCUAUUCUACGGCAGUUGGACCCAGGAUGCUAGUAGGCUUCAUUGCGAAGAACAAGUCAAUUCCCUUCUAUGGCUGUGCUCUGCAAUUCUUGAUUGUCUGUAUGUUUACGGACUGUGAGUAUCUGCUGCUGGCGGUGAUGGCGUUUGAUCGGUACAAGGCCAUUAGCAACCCCUUGCUCUAUACGGUCAACAUGUCCAGCACAGUGUGCUCCCUGCUCAUGGCUGGGGUUUACAUGGUGGGGAUGGCGGAUGCUCUGAUACACACGACACUAACAUUCCGCUUAUGUUUCUGUGGGUCAAAUGAGAUUAACCAUUUCUUCUGUGAUGCCCCACCUCUCCUAUUGCUCUCUUGCUCAGAUACAUGGGUCAAUGAGCUGGUGAUAUUCAUCAUUUUUGGUUUCAUUGAACUGAUUACUCUUUCUGAACUUUUUGUGUCUUAUUGUUACAUCAUCCUAGCAGUGAUAAAGAUCCACUCUGCUGAGGGGAGGCUCAAAGCUUUCUCCACCUGCACAUCCCACUUAACUGCUGUUGCAAUUUUCCAGGGAACUCUGCUCUUCAUGUAUUUCCGGCCGAGUUCUUCCUACUCCCUAGAUCAAGACAAAAUGACCUCACUGUUUUACACUCUUGUGAUUCCCAUGCUUAACCCUCUGAUUUACAGCCUGCGGAACAAGGAUGUGAAAGAAGCUCUGAAAAAACUUAAAAACAAAAAGUUGGCCCAUUGA